GUACUCCCUGCUAGUAAACCCAUUGAAGGUUGUGUGAUGAUCUUAUUUGAAUUUUGACAUUUCUCUAUAAUAAACUCUAGUCUGUGUUUUAACCCAAACAAAUGUGUUAUUGCUGAUGAAACGUUCUAAAAAUGGGAUUCUGUUAAACACUAAUAAAGAUUCUGUCAGUUUUAACACUAGACCUGCGUUUAAUCUACACUUUUUAAGCCUACAAAAAUUUUAUUUGUUAACUUCAUCACCAUGUAAUGUGAUUUAUAACUGAAUGGGAAACGCCAACUCGAUAAUAAACGAAAAUACAGUUCCAGAAACGAGUAACAAGCUCAAAUUUCGAGAUUUGUCUAUAUCAAGCUUUGUCGAAAAGCUCAGUGGGCGCACAUUUACGAGCAAUUCUAUACGAUCGACUUACAGUGUUUCAAGACCUUGGUCAAGGGUAUCAAGAAAAGGAUGGAGAGAAUCUACUUUGACCGAUCCGUUUGAAAGCAUUAAAACUGCUUGGCCCGUUCCAUUCAUUGAGUCUCUUUUCCUUCCAGACUUUAAAAUAAACUUUACUGACGAACAUAAAUAUGAGGUUCUUUAUCUCAUUUCAAAAGGUGCGUAUGGAAAAGUUUAUAAAGUAUUGAAAAGAGGAACUGAAGAAAUAUAUGCGAUGAAAGUUUUAAGUAAAUCUCAGAUUAUUCAUGAAAACUGCAUAAAUCAAGUAAAGGAUGAGGUUAAAAUUCAGACAAUGUGUGGCCAUCAUCCUUUUAUUGCCGACGCACCUCAAUAUUGGCAAAAUAGAAGAAAGCUCUUUAUAGUUAACACUUAUGUUGAGGGAGGAGAUAUGCUCAAUUUAACAAAUAUGUAUGGGUCGUUACCACAGGAUAUAUGCCAGAUUUAUAUAGCGGAAUUAGCCUUAGCACUUGAUUUUUUACAUAAUGCUGGAGUAAUAUAUCGAGAUCUUAAACCUGAAAAUAUAUUACUCGAUGCAAAUGGCCAUGCGGUUCUUAUCGACUUUGGACUUUCGAAAUGGCUUAAAUAUGGCAAUAAGACAAAAACAAUUUGUGGGACACUACAGUACAUCGCCCCAGAAGUUUUCAGUAUGGAAGGAUAUGGUCAUGCUGUUGACUGGUGGUCUCUUGGCGUAUUAGCCACAUAUCUUUUGACAUCAGAGUAUCCUUGCAGUGGUAACACGUCAACUCCUGGCAAACUCGAAGAUGUUGGACUUUCUGUUGCUGCGAGGGAUUUAAUCGGACGACUCCUCCAGCCAGAUCCGACAAAAAGAUUGAGAUCUCUACUGACCCUUAAAACAAUUCCAUUUUUCAUGGGAUUUAAUUUCGAUCAUGCGAGAGCUAAGAAGAUUCAUCCCAAAAAUCUGUUUGAAAUGAGCUUCCCCGAUGGUCCUAAAAUAGAAAUGAAUACGUCCAACGUACUUUUUUUGGAUUUUGAUCAAAUGAUUCCCACCUUGGUUUGAGAACAGCUGAAUUUUAGCAAUAUCUUGACAAUUUGCUUACAAAUUUAUUUUGUUUAGCUAGAGACAGCAGUAAAGUAAAAUUAAGUGACACAAUAAUUGGUAAUUAGUGUAUAUUAACAUAUAACAUAUAAAAUUAACUGUGUGUAAUAAUAAAAAUUUUAAUUUAAUGUCAAAUAAAAUCCGUCCAGGAACAAACCAGGGAUUUCUGAGUUACGUAUAUUUGUGAUAAAUAUUUACAACAUAAUAAUAAUGUAAUAUAAACUUAGUUACCUAAAAAAUAUUAUUGCAUAUAAUUAUAAUUAAAAUUUGAAAAUGAA